GGAGAAACUGGCGUUGUUCAGUAUUGAUUCAUACAUACUCAGACUAGUCUCUAACCCCAAAACCAGAGACUGCAGAUUCGAUUCCGUCCAACGCAUUUUUUCAAGCUCACUCAGCUGGAUCCUCUUGCUAUUCAUUCACAUUCUUCUUUCAACAUUCCCAAUAUUUCAAAUCUCCCUCUUUGCCUUUUGUCUUUAGAUUCUGCAAUGGUCCAUCUUCUUCUUUUUCCCUCUCAAUCUUCUUCUUCGUCUUCUUUCAUUUCAGCCUCAUUUCCCCCUCUUCUCUUCCUGGUUCUUCUUCAAUGCCGCCUAGCUUCUUCUGCUCUACUACUGAGCUUGAGGAACCACCGUAACCACUUCCACCAUCAGAGACCGAUGAUCCAUGCCAAUCAAAGCACCUGCGCGCUCUUCGAUGGAACUUGGGUUCGUGAUGAUUCUUACCCGCUUUACCAAUCUUCUAGCUGUCCGAUUAUAGACCCUGAGUUCAAUUGCCAACUGUACGGUCGCCCAGAUUCGGAUUACCUUAAAUACCGAUGGAGGCCUCUCAACUGUGAGCUCCCAAGGUUCAAUGGGGUUGAUUUUCUGCUCAACAUGAAGGGCAAAACUGUGAUGUUUGUUGGGGAUUCUCUGGGGCGCAAUCAAUGGCAGUCUUUGAUUUGUAUGAUUUAUGCUUCAGCAUCAGGAACACAAACGCAAUUGGUCAGAGGAGAACCCCUCUCAACCUUCAGAUUCUUGGACUAUGGUGUGACCAUUUCAUUUUACAGAGCCCCUUAUUUAGUUGAAGUUGAUGUGGUCCAAGGUAAAAGAAUUCUGAGGUUGGAGGAGGUAGAUGGCAAUGGAGGCGCAUGGAGGAACGCUGACGUGCUAUCUUUCAACUCAGGACAUUGGUGGAGCCAUGAAGGAUCUUUACAAGGGUGGGAUUACAUAGAAUUAGGAGGAAAAUACUAUCCAGACAUGGAUCGUCUGGCAGCAAUGGAGAGGGGUCUCAAGACAUGGGCAAAUUGGGUGGACUCAAACAUUGACAGAAGCAAAACCAAAGUAUAUUUUCUGGCAAUUUCCCCCACACACUACAACCCCAAUGAAUGGAACAACGGAGGAGGAACAACAUCAAGGAACUGUUAUGGCGAAACAGAGCCGAGCACCGGCGUGGCAUACUUUGACGAUUACACGGAGCAGAGGAGGGUGGUGGACAUGGUGGUGAGAGAAAUGAGGAACCCACCAUAUUUGUUGGACAUCACAAUGCUAUCAGGAUUGAGGAAGGAUGGUCACCCCUCCAUUUACAGUGGUGACUUGAGCCCUCAACAGAGAGCCAAUCCUCUGUCUUCUGAUUGCAGCCAUUGGUGCCUUCCUGGCUUGCCUGAUACUUGGAAUCAACUUCUCUAUACCACAUUGUUCAACUAAGCACUCACUUAAUUGAUCUCUCUGUGUUUUCCUCUGAUUUCUAUACUAAACAUUGUUUUGUAGGAUCAGAUCUAGAUAGAUACAUUUAUGUGAAGGGUUGCUUGAUUUUUGCAACUCUUUUUCACCUGUAAAUUAAAGCUAAUGAGAACAGGGUAGAUUAAUUUAAACCAGUUAUCAACAGUUUCCAUGGUAGGUUUUGGAGUUUGAUUCUUGCUGAAGUUGGAUUUGAUAAUUAGGACUUGUGAUAGACGAAGAUGAAUGACGAUGUUGUACUGGCAAGUUGUAAUUGAUUUUUAAUGAAUGUAUACUCAGACUCAUGCCAUCAAAUUAUAUGGAUUCUUAUAAUCA